AUGCCUGAUGGUAGCAGAAUCCCCAGAUCUCGGGAAGAUGGUCCCUUCAAAGACCAGAUUGAUAAAUAUGCAGGUCAGACACCAGCAACUGGAGCUAACACUAUUCAGGUACAAGCCAAAGUGUACUACUGUGCCACACUGGAUACCAAAGUCAUCGCGGAAAUCAACUCAUCGGCAUUUCUGCACACCUGUAGUGAGACCAUAGAUGAUGAAGAGGAACAGGAACACCUGGAGAAGAUCCAGCAAGUCAAUGAGGAGUAUGCAGCAUUCACCGCCAAACAAGCGAGAAGAUCAAACAAGGGUAAGACCGCUAGAUUCGAAGGUGUUGAUGUACUACUGCAUCCGAAACCAGGACCUUCAUCCAAAGUCAUAGAACAAGCAGAGGAAAUCAUAUCUCCGGAGGUAAGGGAAGCAAAGGCCAAGAAAGCACUGAAUCCUGGAAUGGUAGUUGUGAAACCGGCAGCCAAACCAUCCAAUGCCAACCCAGUUGUUCUGGUCGCAUCAUCUUCGACAACCCCAGCCCCGCAAUACCACUACACGUUUCCACUAGAAGACAAGGACACCAAGAAAUGUGUUAUGGACAGAAUCCUGAACACAAAUGUUAAUAUCCCCAUCCAGGACCUCAUUGCAUCAUUGUCAGACAUCCGGAAAGCGUUAAACGAUCUCACCAUGUCAAAACGAGUCACAGUUGGUAUGGUAUCAGUAAAUGAACUCAGUGGUCACCCCCAGACAGAGCAAUUCCUGAAGGGAUGGGAUGAACAUAUGAAGAGAGCUAAUGACGGAUGCAUUGUCGCCGACCACUUUAAGUUGUUGCGAACCAUCCAAGGCACUACAACUGGAGGCCGGUGUAGAGACUAA